AGCGCACGCGGAAAGAGGCUAACUAAAAAAAAAAAAAAAAACCUUACACAUCGCUGAACGUCCGUUUUUCAUUUCCUGACAAAGAAAUUGGAAAACGCGUAGUUGAUGAUACACAUCUACUUUAAGAGUAGACGACGGUGUAAAGUAUGUGACUUCUGCAUGUUUUGGCCUCUCAUCAAGUCAGUCAGCAGGAAGAGAAGCUUUACAGUCGUCAGCUCGUGAAGAGAAGAAGUCCGUGAGAUGUCUUUAGCAGAGGAUGUUCUGGAUGUGCUGCGCAUAGUGCUGGAAUAUUUUGGUGUGCAUCCAGACAUGCUGGUGCCCGUGUGGGACAGUCCUCUUUGCGGUUCGUAUCGCAGCGUCGUGCGGAUGAUCGGGUCCAGUCUCCCACUGACACCAACUCCACGUGUUCACUUUCAGAUCCCUCUGGUUACUCAUGGGCAACAUGGACAGGUUGACGUCUCAGACGGGACACCAGCAGUCCCCUCGUUCGCUGACGUUCAGUGGGUGUUUCACGACCAGGGGGAGAGUUUUGCCCGGACCAGGAACCAUUUGCCUCCAAAGAAGACACAAGAUCUGAUCAGAUACCCGCGACCGACGCAGAGUCAGGCUCAGAGAGGAGGAACCGCCGUGAGACAAAAAAUGAAUCCUGAAGCUCUGAAAAGGAUCUCGGAGCUGGAGAGCGAACUGCUCAAACUCCGAGCUCAGAUCGCCAUGAUCGUUACUGCUGCUCCGUCCUCAGGUCUGACGGAGUCCCAGAAUCCUCCAGGUUCCCCUUUGAUGUCUCAUCCGCCAGUUCCGACUCUCACCUCCACGCCUCGCUGUGCUCCUCCCCCUCCCCCUCCUCCUCCUCCUCCCUGCACAAACUCCUCCACCGAGAACUCGUCUGUGUUAGAGCUGAUCAGGCAACGUCAGAACAAGGAAACUGGUUCAGAUCAGCUGCAGCCUCAGCAGUCACAGCUGAACAGAGCAGCAAACAAUAAACAGAUUCCUUCAAUGCUGGACGUUCUGAAGGAAUUAAAUCAAGUGAAACUGCGCUCAGUACAAAGAUCACCUGGAGGCACAGUCGUACGGAGACGCAGCAAGGGAGGCGCGGCGCUGCUCAGCGACCCGGCGGCUCUCAUUGCUGAAGCAUUAAAGAGAAAGUUCGCCCAGAAUCGUCACAACAACUCCUCAGACAAGGAGAAUUCCGCUGAACUCUCUCCGUUCGGAAGUCCAGAAACACCUCAGGUUUCUCUCCACAAGAGACGCAGUCUGGGGCGCCGACAUUUUUAACCUGUGGAAAACGGCAGCUUGAUUAAGUCACAAAUGACCAGCAACUUCAACAGUUAUUGCCUUUUAACAAACCUCUGCAGCAACUACUGGUUUACAUUUUAUUUUUGCUUUUAAGUUGUUUUGGUUAUUGUACUUGUUUGUCAGAGUCCUUGUUUCUGUUUAUCUGUUUGUUGGAAUUGUGUGAAUGUGACCUUGUUUAAGCAGGUACUGUAACACGGUUUUGUCUUGUUCAUGGGAGUAUUAUUGUUUAAAGUUAUGUUUGUGCAGACCAGCUUUUAAGGGGAGAAAUGUGAUUGUUUUUACACUGUUUCUGCCUGCUUUUAAUAUUUUUAAAAUCGAUCUAUGAGGUUUUACGUUUGAACUCAGCCAGGUGGAAGAUAUGAUGGUAAGAUCUGAGAUUUGUGACUUGAUUCUAUGCAAUUGUAGAAGUUGUUUUUAUUUCAUUAAAAUUCAAGUGCCAUA